AUGAAGUUCGCCGCUCUUCUCGCCUCUCUGCUGCUCCGCGGCGUCACCAGCGCCCAGCAGGUCCAGUCCAAGCCUUUCAACCUGGUCAUCCAGUCUGCCGACGUGUCUCUCAACGGCCAGCAGCUGGCGGCCUGCCAUACCGGCGCCGCGAUUGAGUCGCUUUGCGUUGCUGGUCGCUCGGGCGCAAGGUUCUUCCUCAACACCACCGAGGGUUGGGAAUCCCCCAUCAAGGGCUAUGGGUCUCCCGGCGUUCUGGCCUGGAACCUGCCGCUCGGCAAUGGCCAGGGUUUCGUGUCGGAGCCCAUGAGCUUCUACAGUGACCCAUCCACCAACGUUGCCUUGCCUCUGUUUGAGCCCGGCUACACAUCACAGCCCGUCAGCUUCGACGACAACAAGAGCCAGCUUGCCAUCCUAAGCUACCUCGAUGACACGCAAACCCCUCCCACUGGCAACACGGGCAAGGCCCUCAAGAACUGGUACGUCUGCCAGACCUACUACAGCGCCUACCAGUACCGAACCUUGGCCUGGGUCUUGGGCAAUGGCGGGGCCAGGCCUCAGAACCCCAGCUGCGUCAAGGUCGAGGUCCAGCGCAAGUUUGUCUAG